AUGGAGAAGAAAAGUUCACCCAAGUCCCCUCCCAAGUCCCCUGCCGAGACCCCAGCUGAAUCGCUGGAUGAGCCUUCUCUUCCCCAGCCUGAUCCAGAGUCCACUGAGUGCCCAGCUUCAGUUUCCAGCACUGCUGUUGAAAGCAGUGCUGUCUUGGGCCAGGAAGAGCCGAGGUCCCAGCACCCUUAUCCACAACUGUUUGGAUGGGGCGCCUCCUCCUCCUCUGGCAGAGCUCCAUUGCCGGCCCCUGAGCUGAGCACCGCAGAUGUGAUCAAGCCCUUACUUUUCUGCCAGCCUAUGGCCCAUGUAUACCCACGGGUCCGAGGGCAUGCCAUACGACCUUCCAGGUGCUUCACUGGAAGUGUUUCCCUCCCGGGCCAAGAAAAGCCGGCUCUUAGGCUGGGCUCAUCACGCCGCCGUGGCAUCAGCCGAAGUGUUUCCUUUAUGAUUGAUGAAAGUCCAGCUCCCAGGGAGAGCUCCACAUGCCGUGGCAAUGGCCAAAGUGCUUCCCCCCCAGGGCGAGAAAAUCCAUCUCUGGAUGAGGUUUCUUCUACCAAGGGAAUGGGUCGCAAGCGUGCAGCGGCAUUCUCUAGCCUGAAGUCUGGGAGUAAGAAAAGUGUGUCCAGCUUUGAGGGCAUCUCCUUUGAGAGUGCUCUCCAGGGGACCCAGGCUGUUUCCUCUACCUUUAAGUCUCCAGAGGGGUCUGUCCCAGCUCCGAGCACAGCUGAUGUGGCUAAAGGCGGCCAGGGGCAAGGCCAGGUAAGUCCAGAUUGAGAGGUAGGGAAAGAGCUUUGAGGCAGUAAUGCCCACCUUGAGCCUCUCCAGCUGGUUUGGACAACUGCCCCCAUCCCUGACCCCUGACUGUGCCAUCAUGGUCUGAUGAGAGAUGGAGCCCUGGAACACCUGGAGGGCACCAGGCUGGGGAAGGAUGUCGUGAGGUGGAAGGCAAAAGGAAGGCAGGCAGCCAAUCCCAGGGUCCGUCCUUCUUCUCCUGCAUGCCACAUUUCCAGAAGGCAGCUUCUAGCUUAAUGGCUCACCUGAGUUGCCAUGCUUUAAACUGAGGAAGCCGCAGUGGCUCAACAGAACUCACAAGUUAGGAAGUCCUAUGUUAUAGUCCCCAUCCUAUUCGGUUUGUGGGGAGAAUAGUGCAGUUUCCCUGUGGGUUGGCAGCCUGCAGAGGGUGGCAUGUGGGCCCAGGGAAAUGGCUUUGUUGGGGGAGCCUCAGAACUCGUCAUCAGCAUGUUUGUUCCCCGUUGCACCAAAGUGGGAACUGUCUUGCAAUUCAGGCUUGUGGCACACAGGUAGAGAAGGGGAGCUGUUCAGAUGCCUGGGAGAAGAGAGCAGUGGGUGGCGGCAGCCAUUGCUACCCCUUCUAGAAAGGAGGCCUUUGCCAACAUAGGUGCAAUUCUGGUCCAGGUGGGAAGCGUGUUUAUCCAUCAUGCAUUUGGAGGAAUGCUGCUGCCAGCCAGUACGGGCUAUUAAGGAUAUUUUUACUUUGGCCUGUUUAUUUUGCUGUAUUUCAAUGUUUGCAUAUUUUCUGACAUUGUUGUAAAGUGCCUUGAGAUUCCCAUACAAUAGGUCGCAGGUAAAUACCCUAAAAACAAUAACUCCCCCCCCCCCGCAUCAUGUCACAAAGUCAAUUGACACAGAGCCUAAAUAAUGCCAAAGAGCUCUUCUACCUGGAAGUGCAACAUCAGCCCUUAAACACAACAGCAUGAUGUGCAGUUGUCACACGGCUAUGAGCCCAUUUCUCAUAGGCCAUUAAUGCAGGUCUGAAUAGUGCUUUUUUGGGAAUCCCCACCCCCCUGCAGAAAAAGAGCAUCUGCCCCUGAAAUCCUUCCACUUUAAAGUAUAUGAAUGACAGAUACCUAAAAAAUGUCUCCUCUGAUAUUUGGGUCAUGUGUCUCAUAGAAAAAACAUGCCAUGGUUUCUCGUGGACGAAAACCUGCCAUGAAAUUUGGCAAAGGAGCUACAGGAACAAGGAUCCCAGUUUCUGGCGGUGAGCUGACUUGGUUUUAGUUGGGGAGGGUGUACACUGUAGGGGAUUGGUCUGCUAAUUUCUAAUGGGUGCUUGUGCUAAUUAGGUUGGGGUGUGCAUCUUCUGGACCACAAAAUAUCUGACUGGUCUUAUAUUCUUUUCCUGCAAGGCUGCAGUUAGGUUAGUGAGUGGCAGGCUAUUGCCUCUCUGGUGUAUCAGCAGUACUGUAGAGUUAGGCGCCUAAACCUGGUCAGAUCGCAAAUCCUGAUAGUUGGGUCAGGAUGCAUAUGGAAUGGGUUGGGAAAAGAGGGAACUCAUUUAUAAACUCAAGAGCUGGUUAUAUGUUGGGAUAGGGGAGGAAGAGGGCUGGGUAGACUCUUACAGUUUGUGUAGCAGGCUGUGAGAGCUUUUGGCAUUUUCCUCAACAGCUGUUACACUGCAUGCUAGUAUGAAGGUGGAAACCAGCAACUUUCCAUUGUGUGGGGGGUGUUGACCACAAUACUUUCAUCAGGCUGUGGUCUGAAUGGAGAUACAUUGCAGCCUUAGGACUCAACUUGAUGCCUUUCCUAAAUUGGUGUUUGUGGUUUUUGCAGCUGGCAAUAAGAAGAAAGCAUUAGGUGAAGGAUCCCACCAGAGGUCAUCUCGGUCAGACAAAAAUAAGUGUACAAGGAAAGCAGUCUCAGCAGUGGUAGUGGAUCUUAACACUUCUCCUAGAAAGAUAGGAAAUAGGUGCUAGACUGAAGCUGUGUGCGUUUGGAAGAAGAACUAUGUUGACCAGCCAAAGGAAACUGUAACUGCCUCGUGAGGCAGCUCUUUGGCUGCAUGGCCUUGUGUGGGAUAGUUGAAUUUGAGAGACAGGGCUUCCCCAAGCAGAAUGCUGGCCAUCCAGAGCCACAGCAUAGAUGCUCUUUUCCUGAGUUAUAGCAGCUCUUUUGGCUGAGGUGUGGCAUGCAUGCUUGCCUAGAGAAUUCGGGGAUGGCCACUUCCAAUCUACCAUUUUUCUGCUGGAGAGGUGGCUUGUUCCAGCAGAGGAAGGCGGCACUCCACAGAAACACCCUCUGUCAUACAAGCAGUCCUCUACAAGGAGAUCCUUGGGCUGGGAGGGUGCUGGAAGUGACCAUAUUCCAGAUGAGGGGGAGCAUGAAGCCAGGCUCUAGGCUUUUGUUUCAUGUUGGAAUGGAGAUGUAAAAUCACUUCUUUUGUACUCAGGUCAGGACAACAGAUCCACAUCUGGGAGCUUGAUGGAGGGUGAAGGGAUCCGCUGUCGUCCAGGUCAAGCUGCACUUGCUGCUCAGGUAAGGCCAGAAGGGUAG